AUGGUUAAGGUACAGUCGGUCCAGGAGGAGAUCGACGAUAUCGACGACUGUCACGGGUGCAUUGAGGACUCGGAUGAGUUCCUGACCAAGACUCGUAUUGAGAUCUGUUGCCUCUUCCCGCACAACGGCGCUUUCGAUCGCGUGCGACGGAGGCUCGCGGUUUUCAACUCCAAGUGA